AUGUCCCCACUCACCAAGGCAUGGUCGUUAAUAGUGGUUCUAGCUGCUGCUGCGAUCGUACCCAGAGGUGCUUUUGCGCAGACAUCCAAUGCGACAUGCGUCUCCGGCUUUGAUUGGAUGAACAACACUCUCCAGCAGAACCCUUGCACGGUUGCUGCCUACCUCGAGAGUGUCUGCUGGGGUGGAGACUUCUCAAUCUAUCCUUUACCUGCUGGUACCCAUUAUGCAGCUCCUGAGGUCACAGAAGCCAACGCUUGCGAAUGUAGUACCGUAGUCUACUCGCUGAUUAGCGCUUGUGGCGAUUGUCAGAACCGCACGUUUCUGAGAUACCCAUAUAACAUUCCAAGUGGCACUCUAGUUCCGAAUUGGGCUUACCUGAACGUGACCAGCGGGAGUGGCACGUUCGACGCCACCCUGGCGCAAGCCGAUGGAGAUUCUCCCGAAUCUUCCGCGACCACAGCACAAUCCACUGGCACAGCCACUCAUUCGACCACUGUGUCUGGUUCUUUGACCACUCCUCCGACCACAGCCACAGGAUCUUCAGCUACUUCGAACGUUGGAGCUAUAGCUGGGGGUGUUAUCGGUGGAGUCGUCGGACUUGCAGCUAUCGUAGGCCUUGCGGCGUGGUUCUUUGUCAAACGCCGUCGUUCCUCCAAAGCGCCAUCGGCCGCGUUCAGCGACAUUGGUGGAGGUCCGGGUUAUACUCAAAGUGUUUACUCUGCUAACCCUCAUCCGUUCCCAAUGCAAUCCCAAAUGACGCAGCAACCGCGUCUCUACGAUCCCGCCGACCCGACCACUUUCCCAACUUCUCCUCCCUCCCCUACCGUCUUAACCACCUCAUCUAACAUCUACCAAAACCCAUCGAUACCCUCUCAUGUCUUCUCCCAACAAUCGCGUCCUGGGCAGUACACUGGUACUCCGGAGAUUUGAAUGCGAGCGCAAAGAUAACCAUUGGAUGUGAUUCCCCUACCAUAAUUUGACGACAUUUAUAUAUCCAUAUAGCUGUGUGUCCGGUC